AUGGUUCGUCAUGAAACGGCAAACCAAAAAAGUCGAUUUAUUGCAGCAGUGCCACUACCAGUAACAUUUUCCAGUACAGCUACAAUGGUUGUCUCAAACAUCACGAGCAGUAAUGCAAUACCAGAGAUAUCCGAUGAAGAAUUACUCGAAAUGGCAUUGAUAUCUCUAGAAGAACUAUUCACGUCUAUCUUAUCUAUUACCUCAUUAUGUCGUCUGAUAAUUCUUACCAGUGAAUUAGGAGAGAGUUCGAAAUUCUGCUUUUUACCUACAGUAUCAAGUAAAAUCGAACAAUUUCUCUUAGACUCAGGUUCUACAAUUAACUGGAAUGACUUAUCACAAAUGCUACCUGAUCUCAGUAGCAUUCGCUUUUUGAGCGUCAGUUUGAUUGAUCGUAACCAAAAGCUUAUUCCUUCGUUCAUUUUUCAGAAUCUUCGUGCUCUUAGUCUGGGACUACUAGAAGUAUCAUUUCACUGGAUUGUUCAACUAGUGGCGACAACACCAUGUCUCAUUAAACUGAAACCAAUUGGUCUUGUAGACGCCGAUGGUUUUGUGGUUAAUCAAAAGUGGAUUCAUCUAUUUGAGUCGACACCGAGACUUCUGCGGAUAUCUGUUAAUGUAUCAUUAUAG